AUGCAAACAAUAGAUUCAAAUAACGAUAAAGAUAAUAAGCAAUCAUCAUCGACAGGUAGAAGAUUAACAAAUAGAAAUAAAAACAAAAUGUUAAUGGAAGAACAUGAAAGUGGUAGUCUAUCAUCGACACCACCAUUCAAACUACCGUUUGGAGGAACAACAACUCCUUCUUCAGUUUAUGGUGCCGAUACUAUCGGAUCAUCAUCACCACCUUUUAGACUACAACAUGGUAGUGUUCAAUACAUCAGUGCAAAUAGUGUAGUCAAGAUGGUUGGUAAAGAAGAGACAGGUGGACAUGGUCACCCAGUAUCGCGUGGUAAAUUAAUAGUCGGAGCAUUGGUUGCUUUGCUGCUACCGGCCGUUCUCUAUGUCAUUGCGUCAAGGCAGUUGGGUGCAGCAUUGAGCUACCCAUUCUCACUUAUCAUCAUCCCAUCCUUUAUAUUGUUGGCACCAUUCAUCUACUUUAGCUAUCGUGUCAAGGGGUCACGUCCAUUUGUCAAGUCGCGUGGUGUCACCAUAUUGAUGACCGGUGCAUUCUGCUACUACUCGCUGAUCGUACCCAUCUAUAUCGCCUGUCUCAUGGCAAUCUUUUUCCAUCGCGAGACUGAUUUUGUCACCUAUGUUCGAAACGAAUAUUAUACGGGUGCAAGUUGGUUGGUCGCUAUUCCAAUCGCCUAUGCACACGGAUGUGUCUUUACACAGUUUGCUCUACUCUCUAAAACUUCACUUCGUAGUAAAUGGUAUCUCAGACUAGUGUCGUGGCCAUCCUCUAUCUUUUUUACUACCCUCAUUCUAGCACUUCCACUCUUACUAGUGCUUCCAUUCCUACCGGCCAUUGUAUGUACCCUACUCGCACUCAUCCCCCUCAUUCUCUCGUGUAUUGGUCUCUACCAAACACUCCGCACCCUUCCACCCAACCAAUGGGUUGUCAAAGACAUCCUAGUCCGUUCAUCGACCGAAGAAGAUGACAGUCUCAUCAACAAAAAACGAGUACAUCGUGUCAAUUGUGAACCUCCAAAAGAACAUGAAAUCGUUGAUUUCCGUCAACCUCUUACCGUCGUUCAAAUUGCCGAUCCUCAUCUCGGUCCAAUCAUGUCAAUUGAAAGACUUGAAGAAAUUUGUGAAAGUACAGUUAAACUUAAUCCAGAUUUAGUUAUCUUGACUGGAGAUUUUUUUACAGCAGAAGCCUUUUUACCUGGAGAUUCAUUAGAAAGAGCAUUAAGACCAUUAAAGAAACUAGCUGGUAAAACUUUUGCUUGUUUAGGUAAUCAUGAUUAUGAAGAAGGAUGUUUAGAAAUGUUGGAAAGUGCUUUAAAAUCAAUAGAAUGUUAUUUAUUAGUUGAUGAAUGUGUAUUAUUUGAAUCAAGAAUUGGAAAGGUACAAAUUGUUGGAUUUGAUUAUAGAGCAAAGAAUCGUCAAGAACAUAUUCAAAAGGUUUGUGAAGCCUAUCCACCUAUUCCACAUGUACCAAGAAUAGGUCUUUUACACGAUCCAGGAGCAUUUAAAUUCAUUCCAGUCGAUUAUGGAAUGAUUGCAUUUAGUGGACAUACUCAUGGUGGUCAAAUUGGUCUCAAUUGUUUGGGUAUCAAUGCUAGUAUCGUUGGUUUUGCCAUUCCAGAUCAUGGUCUAUGGCAAAAUGGUGGUAAUUAUUUAUACGUACAUACUGGUCAAGGUUGUAGAUCUCUAAUGGGUACAAUGGUACUAAGAGUUGGUGUACCAACUGAAGAUAGUUUAUUACAAGUAUUCUUUGAAAAUAAUUAA